AUGGCCACCCCCAAUGUUCUUACUUUUGACGCUGAGGGGAGGGCCAUUGACUUUGCCGUCUGGAUUGAAGACCUGCAGCUGUACUUACUGUGUGAUGCGAUAGAUGAGGUCUCUCUCUUUGACUUUGUCUCUGGAGCUGUCCCUGCCCCGCCUGCUGAUGCUGACUCUGCCGUUCGCUCCAAGUGGGCGACCCGCGAUGCUGCUGCACGUCUUGCUGUGCGUCGCCACCUCCCUUCCUCUGAGCGUGCCCACUUUAGUCAGUGCAAGACCGCUCAGGCCUUGUACGACGCUGUAGUUGCACGCUACUCCUCCCCUUCCUCCGCUACCCUUAGCCGCCUCAUGCUACCGUUUCUCUUCCCUGACCUCGCUUCCUUUCCCACUGUCGCUGACCUCGUUACCCACCUCCGCGCUAGUGACGCUCGCUACCGCGCUGCCCUUCCUGCUGAGUUCCGCGCCGCAAACCCUCCUCCCAUGUAUAUCACUCUCUACUUUCUCGUCACCCGUCUUCCUGAGUCCCUUCGUGUCGUUAGGGACCAGUUUCUCUCUGUCUGUCCCACCACCCUCACUGGGUGUUCUCCUUCCCCCCUGCUGCCCUCUGUCGCCUCUGCUGCUACGGCCGACCUCGCUGGUUUUGAGUCGGUCGGUGCGGCGUCUGCCCCCAGCGGCAGACGCCGCUCUGGCAAGGGCAAGGGGGGCAAGGGAGCGGGUGGAUCUAGAGGAGGCAGUGGCGGAGGAGGUGGGGGUGGCGGGGGGAGUGGGGGUGGCGGUGGAGGUGGUGGCGGGAGUGGAGGUACUAAUGGCGGCGGUGGAGGCGGAGGUGGCGGCGGAGGUGGUAGCGGAGGAGGCGGUGGGAGCGGUGGGAGCGACGGUCCUGGUGGGGGAGGUGGCGGUGGAGACGGGGGUGGCGGUGGAGGCGGGGGUGGUGGUGGAGGCGGGGGUCGGAGUGGCUCGUCCCAGCGGAGCAGCUCUUGGGGUGGUCAGCGCCAGCAGCAGCAGCAGCAGCAGCAGCAGCAGCAGCCGCAGCAGCAGCAGCGCUCUCGCACCGUCCCCGGCCCUCAGCAGCUCCGUGAGUGGUAG